GUGUGUGUGUGUGUGUGUGUGUUAGUCUAUGGUCAGCAGGAUGAAGGAGUCGGUAUUGGAGGAAUCGGCUCAAGUCGCGUCCAAAGAAGAAAUUUCACAGUUCAGAAACAGCCUGAAACAGAACAUCUGUGUGCAGAUGCUCCAAGAAGGUCACCACAGGUCGUUCUCUGAGCUCUUCUCUCUGCUGCGGUCGGACCACGAUCGCAGGGCGGCUGAACCGGGCUCUGCUCUCCAGCUUGAUGUUCCGCUGGAGGAACAGCAAGAGAAGCUGGAGACGGUGAAGCUGCACCUGAGCCGGGCCGAGCAGGCGGAAAGGACCGGUUCCUGGUCCGUGGUGUGUGAGCAGCGUCUGUUCCUGGGUCGAUAUUUCUCGGCUCCUGAGGAUCAGUGGCUGAGUUUGCACUUCUACCAAAGCUGUGCAGACACUGGGUGCUCAAGACCAGCCACUGAGGCCCGGGCCUGCAUGGCUGAGCUCUACCUGCAGCAAGGAGAGCUGGAGAUGGCGAAGCAGCAGGCGGAGCUGUGCGUCAGACAGGCGGAGGACGGAGGCUGGCUGGACUUGAGCGGUCGGCCCCUGAGGCUCCGGGCCUGUGAGGCACUAUGGAGGAUCUACGACACGUUAGCUGCCACUCAGCUGAUCGCUGCAAACUACAGCGAAGCCUUGGAGCUGCUCAACAAGGGCUACAUCAUGGCCACUGAGUCUGAAGACAAACACUUUGAGGGGGAGGCGGCCUAUCGACUGGGACUGGCCUAUCAGCUCACAGGAGACCACAACACAGCCAAAAAGUUCCUCAACACCUGCAUGCAGAUUUGUGGCACGAUGCAGGACGCUGACGGACUGGGAAAGGCCUACAAGGCUAUGGCCAAGUCUAUGGAGAGUGAGGGUAACACAGACGAGACAGUCCAUUGUCUGGAGAAGUUGGUUGACAUCACUCGUAGCACUGGACAGCAGGACAACCUGGCAGACGCCUGCCUGUGUCUGGGCAACAUCUACUACAACACUCAUCAGUAUAGCAGAGCCUGUGAGUUCUUCCUCCAGGGUUUCGAAGUUGCCUGUGGCAUCGGAAACGUGGAUCUGCUGCAGAAAGCCCAGGUGUUGCUGGGCUGUGCUCGUGCUGACGUGAAGUCGGCCUCGCCCGCAGCCCAGUGACGGCUGCUGGUCUGGCAAGAGAUGAGAGGAAGUCAGGAGCUUGUUAACGAUGCCGGUGAAGAAAAACCUAAACCAAAACAUU